AUGCCCUCCUCAACUAUCCCCGCCGAUCAAUUCGACAGCAUCCCCUCAUGCAUUGAGGCUUUCCGCAACGGCGAGUUCCUCCUCGUCCUUGACGACCCCGGCCGCGAAAACGAAGGCGACCUCAUCAUCGCCGCCGAGGAUGUCACUACCGAGCAGAUGGGCUGGAUGAUUCGCCACUCCUCCGGCUACGUCUGCGUCCCCAUGCCCGCCGACCGCGCCACCGCCCUCGACCUACCUCCCAUGGUCACCAACACCCAGGACCCGCGCGGCACCGCCUACACCGUCUCCGUCGACGCCGAGCACCCCCUCACCACCACCGGCAUCAGCGCCCACGACCGCGCUCUCGCCUGCCGCACCCUGGCAGACCCCGCCUCCACCCCGGCCAACCUCCGCCGCCCCGGCCACGUCCUCCCCCUGCGCUCCGUCCCCGGCGGCGUCCGCGCCCGUAACGGCCACACCGAGGCCGCCACCGAGUUCUGCCGCCUCGCCGGCAAGCAGCCCGUCGCCGCCAUCUGCGAGAUCGUCGACGACACCCCCGACGUACCCGGUCAGGCCAUCCUCCCCGGCGCCAAGAUGAUGACCGGUGACGGCCACAUCCGCUUCGCUCGCAGGUGGAACAUCAAAGUCUGCACCAUCGCCGACCUCAUCUCCUACGUCGAAAAGACCGAGGGCAAGCUGCCUACUAACGGCUCCGCCUAA